UCAAUUACAAAACCAAAACGCACUGUUAGGCUAUGCCGUCUUCUUGUUGAUGUGGGUACUUGUGCCCUCAGGGAUUGCUUUGAUUCAAUCUGCACGCCAAAACCUCUUCAUACAAAAUUGGCAGCCAAUCAAUCCAAAUUGAAUUUUUUACGGUCACGACUGAGGAUCAUCAAUGCAACACAAUGGGGAAAGCUUUUUCCUGCAGUCCCUGCGUCAGUAUCUUCAACAGAUUUCGACAUCACUUUACUCAUGAUUCUAUUGAGAAACAUAUGUGGUCUCCCUCCACCGAUAAAAGGAUGGGACGAGCUCCCUGCUACUUCUGACUUGAGCCGUGAAGCAGACAUUGCACGGGUCAAAUACUUCAGGAAUACAGUGUACGCUCAUGCUGAGCACGCUUCUAUUGAUGAUGCAACAUUCAACAAACACUGGAAGGAAAUCCGGGACACUCUGAUGCGACUAGGAGGAGCUACCUACCAGGUAAAACAAUCAAUAUUUUUCAUAUUCCAUUUCAUCAAGAGGUUUGAACUACACAGGCACACCAAAUAAUUGAUUUACAUGUUCGCUGUUCCAUUUCAAGGUCGCUAUUGACGACUUAGAACUUUGCUGCAUGGAUCCCGAUAUGGAGCUCCAUUACAAAGAACUCCUUCAUCAGUGGAAAAAUGAUGAAGAUAAUGUAAAAUAUCAAUUGAGAGAAAUUGGCGCCAGUGUAAAGGAACUUACAAAGAAGGUUGAUGACUUAGCUGCAUCAACUGCGAAUCCUGUUAGGGAAACAAAUGAUGGAGGUGAGAGACCUUUUAAACGACUACUGCGGCAAUUGUAUCACCUUGCUUUUUAAACUAAAAUGAGUUAAAGAUUAACCCUCGGACGUACACGCAAAAUAAUACCCCCAACGUGGUACAAGGGAGUGGGGGGUGGGUGGAACCCCUUCCCAGAGUUUUUGAUAUGUUGCAGUAUUUCGAAGCGAUUAAGCCUUCAGUUAAAGCCUUUGAUCUUCUUAACAAGAUGAGGUAUAUUUUACGUAUGGUGGCGCUGCUGGAGGCCUGUGACGUCACCAUCAAUGGUCGCCAUCCUGGAUUUUACUAAGAAUUGGAAAUUAGGUGAAAACUGCGAGAAAUGGUAAUUGUUGGUGCUUUACAUGACAGCACAAAAAAUGAUACCCCCACUGUGGUACGAGGGGGGGUGGAUGGAACCCCUCCCCAGAGUUUUGAUAUGUUGCAGUAUUUCUAAACGAUUUUGCCUUCAGUUAAAGCCUUUGAUCUUCUUAACAAGGUGAGGUAUAUUUUACGGGUUGUGGCGCUGCUGGAGGCCUGUGACGUCACCAUCAAUAGUCGCCAUCUUGGAUACAAAGUUUUACCAAGAAUUAGAAAUUAGGUUAAAACCGCGAGAAAUGGUAAUUUUUUGUGCUUUACAUGAAAAAUAACACACAAAUAAGCACUUUGCAUAAUUUUAGCCACAAGAUUUACUUUUCUUGUUGAAAGAAGCUGAUAAAACAUGUAUUUUCACCCAAAAAUGGCUUGACCACCUGCUACUUAUGACGUCAUAUCUCGUAAUUAUAGAAACUGACAGACACUAAACUUGUCUCAAAAUGCGCGCGAGGGAUAAACGAACAGCCACACGUUCACAAUAAACAACCGCAUGUCACUCUUCAUCAAAAGCAUUCCUUUCCCGCCUUAAGGGUUAACCAGGAUUAGUAGCGCCAAAAUUUGAUACUUCUGUUCAAGUGUAUGUCAUCUUAUUCUUUCACGUGUUAACAUUCUUCUUGUGCUUAUGCUUGUGACAUGCGUGUAUACGAAUCAUAAAGGCUUCCGUUUUACACCGGAUGAUCCGCAACGAAGGUUUUCAACACGGUGCAACAUUUAUGUGACAUUGCUUCGAAUUACAACAACAUUGUUCCAACAUUGUUGCCAUAAGAUCGUCGUUGCAAUUCGUCCCAUGUUAGUGGUGUAACAUUGCCUUUCAGCUUUGUUUCAAGCGGGCCCUUGGCUCUCUCUAUUGAAUUUCGCCCCUAAGAAAACAUUGUCUUUGUUUUAAAACUGUAACAUAAACCAAGAAAAUGAUAAGCGUCUAGCUUUAAGUUGAAAUCCAAAUUUGUUUGGGUGUGCUACAUACACUUGGCAUUCUACGUCCUUAGUUCUGUCGACCCUAUGCCACGUGAAAACUGCAAUCGCUAACAUUUCUCUACAUUUCAAAUGCAUUGUUAGUUACUGCGGUUCACGUGGAACUGAAACUGAAGAAAGAGAGGCUGUCACUUAGAAAACAAGAAAUUUACUACAAAGUUCUCAAUGAUCUUGAAGCUUAAAGGUCAUACAAAACGACGACUAUAACAAAAAAAAAAAAACAGCUAACAAGAGCAUCUCCAGGCAUGCUAAUCAAUACUCUUUCUAGCAAUCGGCUGAGGACAUCCCCAUGAUUUUCUCACACACUUGUUUUAUAAACAAUAAAACUACUAUGAAGCAAAAAAGCAUUUAAAAAGAGCUUCGAAGAGAUUGUCCUGUUAUUACUGAAUUUGUAACAACAAAGACUUCAUCCAAAAAUAUGUCGAUGACAUUAACUUAUCAUAGGCUUUACUCAAACUGGCAGCUAUUUUUUUUAUUUUCAUGUUCCCUAUAAUGCAACUUGUUUUCCCCACAAAAUUUUUUCGUAAGUUUUGUUUUCAGUUACUCAAGGGACGAUUUUUUGUCCCAGGGGAAACAGAAAACAAGGCUUAUGAAUAAUUUCUACUUUUGUGGAGAAACAAAUUGCAUUAUGCGGAACUUGAUGGUCUCAAAUAGACCUUAUUCAAGAUACCCACUGUCUUUGCACGCGUUUUAAGAUUGUAGGAUAAAAGCGUGGUAUUUCAGGGGACAAACAAGUGAUAAAAUUUGCAAAUACGAGUAAGCGCGGUCGAGUUUGUUUAUUCUCUCGAGACGACAGUUAAGUAGUCAUGUGAACAUGUACACUUGGAGUUUCAACAAGACUUACAUCUUAUAAAAAAUGUUGCUCAACACCAACAAUAUCGCUAAAAGUCAGUAGAGCUUUCGGAACCCAUCUGGAUCCCUUCAUCAGUGAUGACGUUUGCUGUUAUAUUCGCAGCCUCGUUUAAAUGAGACUACAAAAUUGUUCCAUAAAUUGAGGGAAGGUUGCAGGCCCUGAUCAUGGUUCAUUUGCGGUCGCCGAGUAUCAAUGUUUAUGGGUUCGCUUAUCUUGCGUGAAAGAAGGUGGUUUCCCUGAAGAAUACUUUAUAUGAUAUGUUGUCCCAACCGAAGAAUCUCCACUCCGUCGUCUUAAGUCAUUAGGAAACUUUAGCAUCGACGACGGCAACGAGAGCGAAAACGUCAGUUUUAAAAUGAAUUCCCGUUUUUUCAAUCUUUGUCGCGUUUAUUCCAAUUUGCUGAAAAUGUCAAAUGUAGUUGAAUUUCCCUGGAGUUGAUUUCUUGAGGACCGGACUCAAGUUUAGAGAGAGAAAAAGACAUUCGUCGUCGCUUGUUUACGUCCUCCAUAAAACUUGCAAUUAGGCAUUUUCAAGUCAUAGUCGUGCAAGGACGGCAAAGAAAUGUACAAGAAAGCGUGUUGUUCGUGCAAAGUUGUUGUUUUGCGUAAUUAACCCAGUAGUAUACUAAGGUCAAAUUUAACCGUUUUGGUGUCUAGCAAGGUCUAGCUAGGUCUAGUCUAUGACGUCACCGAUUGUUAUAACCUGGGGAAAAAGUGGAUUCCCUUUGUUAAUAUGUAUAAGUGUCUUCCUGCAUACUAAUUUGGAUUUCCUGCAUACUAAUUAAGUGUCUUCCUCCAUAUAUAAUGAAGUGGAUAGGUUUACUAAUGAGCGUCACUCUACUACAAUAGGAACAAUAGGCUUGCCUAGACUUGCCCGGGCUCUUUUAACCCUGAUUGGAUAGUAAACAAUCUAUUAUGUGUUUAACAUAAAAGUGCGCUUUCCCUUCAGUAUUUCAUUCUUGCAGUCGCUUUGCUAAGGAAAAAGUCUUACUAUCACCAAUAUUUUUUAAAACAUUGCUCCAAACAUGCAAGUCGAAUCGAGCUGUAAACUUGUCUGACUAUUACAGAACUGUUUUCUCCCAUCUAUCUCGAGGACAUGAAAAACUAUUGAAGUAUCAACGUUUCACGCACGGUUAAUCAGGUAAUUAUGCGAGUUCACAAGCCAAAAGUUGAAUACAAACUUGCUCUACAGGAAAGACCCAAGGGAGCACCUUGACGUAUUAUUAUAAAACAAAUAACUUAACAAGGAUCAAUUAAAACAUGCGACUAAUAAUUACUAGCAAUAAAAUCUGACACGAGAUACCGUUGAAAACAAAAAGAGUCAAAUACACAGCGAUUUGAAAGAAAUCUAUUAAAACAGUCAAAGAAAGCAAGUCAUGUUUUACUUACCCCUCUCCCUUUUCAAUUUUAUUUCCCUCCUCAAUUUUUUCUUUUUCCCUUCUCCAAAAUUUUAUUAUUUUCCCUCCUCAAUGUUUUUAUUCCCUCCUCCACAAUUUUUAUUAUUUUCCCUCCUCAAUGGAAAACAGCUAUCACAUCAGAAUAUCCGUUUUUCGAAAUCUAAACUGUGACAGACACUCGGACUCGGUCAUCUCAUUCAAGUUGAAAGUUGAAUAAUUUCGUGCGGAAAUUAGGUGUAUUUCCACUCAGACAACACAAAAAAUUUUUCAUCGUCAAUAACAUUAGACGUACGGCUUGAACAAAUAAGAUCUUGCAUUGUUUUGAAAGACGCCAUUGCGAAAAACUUUUUUGCAAACGAACAUCACAGUUUUACAUUUGUGUUUACAUUCAGUGUCGUCGUCGUCGACCUACCGACCGACUGCAUCUUAAGUUUCCUUUUUCCCGCCGAAACUGACGUUCUCGUUCCACUCUUUUCCCGGUCAACAGACGUCGUCGUCGUGAACUUCGUCGAGGUUCUUAAGUUCCCUAUUAGAUUCCAUCCUCAGAACUACCUUCCCCGUUUAGCUACACUUUCAUGAAAUUUCUAAGUCUCUUCAAAUUCAGUUCUUUUCUAAUCUUUUCCCAAGUCUAAGACCCUUCGAGCGGGAUUCGAACCCGCGGUCCUUGAAACCGAAAUCCAUCGUCUAUACCACUAUAGAGCGUUUUCACUCACGUGGUCAGCAUCUAUGCCAAUUUAUUGGAACAAAAGAACGUUUUUACAUAAGAAAAGAGUUCAACUCCCACAGUAUUGGUUUGGAACACCAACAUGGCCGCCGUUUCAUUGUUUUGGGACACCAAUAUGGCCGCGUGACGUCAUGUGAAAACGCUCUAUACCACAGUGGAUUCGACUGCAAGUUAUGUUUUCAUUUUACAUAUUUAUAGUUUACCAUUACUAUAGUCGCAGCCUUUACGCGCUAUAGGUUUUAACACACAAACUUUAUUCUAGAACUUCUACAACUGGUGAAGGGAAACAAGUGAACCGAUGUGAAGUAUAACGAAGUACAGCGAAGUACAGCGAAGUACAGCGAAGUACAGCGAAGUACAGCGGUACUGAAAAAUAACAAUUAAACAAAUACAAAGUCAAGAUAAAACAACCUACAAACUGAAAGAAAGCAAUAAGGCAAUCUAGAAAUGCGAAUGAAACAAACGAGAUACUUACAAGACGAUAGCGAGAUAAGGACGAAAAACUAGGACGAGCAAAAACCCAAACAUUAAACUGUAAACCGGACCAAGCGCAGCUAAACGAAGAACUGACGCGAAAAAUUACAAAAAAAGCUAAAUAUACGAUAUGCAGAAAAAUUCUAACACGAAGGACAAAGCUACGCGGACAAUGAAAAACUAAUGAACCAAGCAACAGCACUAAAGGCGCGAACACGAAAAUAACUAAGAACGCGGCGAACAUAAAAAUACUAUAAAGGUAACGGAAAACAUUCCUGGCGCUUACAAUUACCAUUUCGAGUCAGUGUUAGCCCUAAUUACCAUUGUCAAUACUUAACCCUUAUCACUAUAACGUUUUUCGCGAAGUUUUAAGAUGUUAUAACGUAAGAGCAUAGAAAUGAAGAGAUUACGUAUUGAACGUUAGAAGACUUAUUUCAAAAUAAACGUCAUAUCUAAGGCGGGGCCAGAUGUAGUGAGAACUAUUGCUAGUUUAAAUAAACAAACUUGACAGCGAUUUCUUGCAUUGGCAAAUUUUAUCACUUGUUUGCCCCUUGAGAAACUACGUGACGUCUCUUUUAUCCCAUCAGCCCUCAAGCGAGUGCAAAGUGGGGGGAAGCAUCGUUCUCAGUCGUCUUCGGCACCUUUCAAGCUUGUCAAGAAAAUUUGCGCUCGGUUCCCAGCCUCCUCUGUUCACUUGGGCAGCGCGAACUGACCUGGGUACGAGGCUGAGAUGGGGGGUAUCGUGAGCAAGGUCUCCUGAACGAAAAAGUUUCCAGUGGCGAGAAAUAUGUCCGCUAAUAAAAUAUGUGAUGACAUCAUGACGUUGAUAAGACCACUCCUAUGUUAACGUAACAAAUCAUUCAUAUCAAAUUUUCAUCUUUAACUAAUAUAGCAGUGGUGAUUGUUUUCCCAACUUUUUGUUAAUGGCGACGCAGUUUUUGCUCAAACUUGGGAGGUAGUGUCCCUAAAAAAAUCUCGUCGAGCAACCUUACGUAACGUUAUCGUAUUUCGUUUUCAUAAGGUAAUGGGAUAAAACCGACUGAGAUACUGAAACCUCGUCUGUGUGCACAAAGAAAUCUCACGAGAAUGAACCUCUGACGUUUUACUGUGAACAGUGCAAAGAGUGCAUUUGUGACAAAUGUAGACGGACGCGUCACAAUCAUCACCCGACUUUGGAUAUCCAUCAAGCCGCAGAACAACACAAAAUCGAUAUUGAGGAGAUUGUAGAGAAAAUGAAGAGAGAAAUUGCUCAUUAUGAAGAGUACGCAGAAAGUACGAGAGAAUCUUUAAAAAGAAGCAGAGAAAGGAUUACUACAGUACGCAAGGAAGUAAUGACAUCUGCUCAAGAGCUCAGACGACUUCUAGAUGAACAUGAAAAAGCCAUGAAAACCAGUUUAGAUAAAAUUGAGAGGAAAGAACAGAGAGAGCACGAAGCGAAACUACAACAUUAUCAAGGUCCUAUUAAUCAGCUACAAGAUCAUGUCGAGAGGUUUGAGAACAUCUUACAGAGGGAGAAAAGCGCUGAAAUUUUGCAAGCCAAUCAUGAUCUCAUUGAAAGGUGCAGAGGUCUUUUAAAUGCAGAGAGACUGAACAUUCAUGAACCAUCGCAUACAAGAUACGAGGAAAAUAAAGAGAAUGUGGAGAAAGCGAGAAGUGCACUUUUGGCCUUGGGUAAAGUUACUGUCAUUACCACAGAUCCUCUGACGUCGAUGGGCUUACAUGAAUUUGAAUUAGGAAGCGAAAAGACAUUUAAAAUAACGACAAAUGAUGCUGAUGGGAACCGAUGCUACAAUGAACAAGAUCUGCUUAAUGUGGAAUUUCAGUCACCCUCAGGACAAGUAGUGAGACCCAAGAUUGUACCCAGCAAAAACGGUGAAUACAGUGUCACUUACAAACCAGAUAAUGUUGGAAAACAUAAAUUGCUGAUUGCGGUUAACGGUGAGCCAUUGACUGGUAGUCCAUGGCGUGUUCAUGUGACUCCACAUCGUUACAAAUAUUUAACUUCGUUAUUUAGGAAAAGAAAAAGAAUGUGA